AUGAAAUCAUCACUUUUAUACGACCAAUUCACUUUUGUAAUCCUUUUUUACACAUUAUUGACAUCAUCAUCAAUAACAGCAGUGUCGACCUAUAAAUGCAAUCAGAAGGGUUGUCGGAGGCCGUUACUCCCGAAUAAUUCAUAUAACAAUCAAAAUCUAGAUAACUCAUCCCCAAUUCAAACAUUACCUAAACAAUCACAAUCACUUACAGAUCAAACUCAACAAAGUCCUCAAGUAAAUCCAAAUCUUGAUUCUGAAGAUGAUCUAAUUCCUAAUCAACAAACCUUUCCAAAUGUUGAUGUUCCUACUACACCACCAUCAAAUCCAUCGACGUCAAAAUAUUCCGGCAAAGCCACCUUCUAUAAUCCAGGACUUGGAGCAUGUGGCACGGACGCUAACGAUAAUUCAAUGGUCGUCGCGAUUCCCGCCCCUAAUUUCGAUCCUAUGAUCCCAAACGGGAAUCCUAAUAAAAAUACACUUUGUGGAAAACGCGUACGAAUUUAUAGUGGUAAUAAAUUCGUAGAUGGUGUUGUGGUGGAUAGAUGUCCCGUCUGCAAAUUUGGUGACAUUGAUUUGUCGCCGGCAAUGUUCAAUCAACUGGCGGAACCUGAGAAAGGUUUUAUUUAUGUUGAAUGGAUGUACUUGUAA